UAUUAAUAAUAAUAAUAAUACUAAUAAUAUCUUAACAAUAUUGUUCGAAACAACUUUCUAAAAUAUAGACACACAAGUCUAGUGGCAAGUUAAAUCCGACAUUCCGUCAGAAUUUUAUUCCGCUUUUCCAAAAGUGAGAGGACUAAUGUUUGAUGUUUGGGAGGUUUAGCAGAAUGGGAUUUUUCUUUUAAAUUCAUUUUUACAGCCAAAACAGUUUGAUGUAACCUCAACCGUACUGAAUAUCAAAUUUUCACCUAAACUUCGAAUAUAAUUUUAAUAAACCAUACCAUAAUUAGUUUGUAAUGAUUUAAUAAAGUCAUGUAUCCAGUUGUUUCCACUCUUCGUUCCCACUGUUGUGGUUAUUACCAGUGUUUCAGGUCUAUCUCGACUACUACAUUUAAUUCCAAAAUAAGAAAUGAGCUCUCUUCAAUAAACGUUUUCGAUAGAAAUACCAAAACUCUUCAGAGACAACGAGCCGCCGUUGCAGAGGAUGUAAAUCUAUAUGAUUAUCUUAAAGAUGAAAUAGGAUAUCGCCUGGCUGACCGAAUAUGUGACAUCAAAAGGAAGUUUAAACUUGCGGCUGAUAUAGGAUGCAACCGAGGCUAUGUUUCUAAGCAUAUCUCACCAGAUUCUGUCGAAGAACUUAUAGUCUGUGAUGUGAGCCAGAAAAACCUUGAUAGGGUUCCUGUGAUGGAUGGAAUCAAACUGAAAAAACUUAUUCUAGAUGAAGAAAAUAUUGAAUUUAAACCUAAUUCUCUGGAUUUGGUAGUUUCCAGCCUGAGCUUACAUUGGGUUAAUGAUUUACCAAAAGCUUUUCACAAAAUAUUGGAGAGCCUGAAAGAGGAUGGAGUAUUUUUAGCAUCAGUAUUUGGAGGAGACACUUUGUAUGAGCUUAGGUCAUCACUCCAGUUAGCAGAAAUGGAAAGAAGGGGAGGCCUCUCUCCACACAUAUCUCCUUUUACUGAAGUCAGAGAUAUUGGCAGCUUACUUACAAAUGCCGGAUUUACCAUGUUGACGAUUGAUACUGAUGAAAUUGUUGUCAACUACCCUACAGUAUUUGAGCUCAUGUGGGAUUUAAAAGGGAUGGCUGAAAGUAACGCAGCAUUAAACAGAUCUCUACACCUCCAUAGAGACAUACAGUUUGCUGCUGCUGCUAUUUAUCAGCAACUCUAUGGAAAAAUUGAUCCUGAAACUGGAAAGAUGACUGUUCCAGCUACAUUUCAGAUUAUUAAUAUGCUGGGAUGGAAACCUCAUCCAGGGCAGCCAAAACCACUAGAAAGAGGAACUGGGGAAUUCUCUUUAAAAGAUUUAAAUAAAUUAAAUGAAAUAGUUAAAGAAGUCAAAAUUGUUAAGGAUGAUUAGAGCUGAAACUGUAUUAUAUUAUAUUGUUGAAUAUUAUUUUUGUAUGGUGAUAUAGUUAUGAAAAAGAUAAUAAAAUUUUGUGCAUAAUUACUAUA